AUAUAAUUGAAGCAGCAGCAGAAGAAGAAACAACCAUGUUAGACUAUUAGUAUAUAAUUACCCUCUUCCCUCUCAGAUCUACUACACCAUUACAAGUACUCAAAUCAAGGGCUCUCUCAAAAAAUGAGCCAGCGCGUUCCUAGCUGGGAUCUUGAUGAAACUACUACUACUCCACCUGCUCCUAGGCUCUCUUCUCGCUCCCACUCCCUUCACACAGCACCUACAGAUGUCCCUCUGUUGGACUACGAAGUAGCAGAGUUGACAUGGGAAAACGGCGAGGUAGCCAUGCACGGCUUAGGACCACCGCGCCUGUUGGCGAAGCCUUUAUCUAUGACUACUAAGUACACCACCUGGGACAAGCCCCGGGCAAGUGGCACCCUUGAAUCAAUAGUCAACCAAGCCACAUCCACAGCUUUACCCUGUCCUCUCAAGCCUCCCUUUGAUUCUUCCUCUGGUGGCGGCAGCGGCGCUAAGGAACUAGUGACCUGGUUUGAUCGACACCGUGCUGUGGCAACGCCCUCCACCACUGUGACUAUGGACGCAUUGGUUCCUUGCAGGAACCAAAGUGAUGACCCAAGUAGUCAAAUGAUCGAGUCCAUAUCCAUGCCAGGGGUGAUUUCUGGUGCGGGCAUGGUAGGAUGCUCCACUCGAGUAGAUUCGUGCAGUGGCACCACUGGUGCCGCCACACACGACGAUGACACCCUUCUUUCUGGAAAAGGAACGAGCUUGGCACGUGUCCCUGAAACGCCUGAGUGGAGCAGCAGAUCGCAAAGUGUGAGUGGUAGUGCCACGUUUGGGAUCGAUAGCCAACAUGUUACACUUGACAGUACAAAGGCAAGCGACUAUGACUCCGUUUGUCACAGUAGACCACAGGGGGAGGUAGGAGAUGAAGAUGACAGAAAGAAACGAAGUACUGGAAAAUCUUCGAUUUCUACAAAAAGGAGCAGGGCUGCCGCUAUUCAUAACCAGUCUGAACGAAAAAGGAGAGAUAAGAUCAAUCAAAGGAUGAAGACGCUGCAGAAGCUGGUCCCAAAUUCCAGUAAGACUGAUAAAGCUUCAAUGCUAGACGAAGUGAUUGAAUAUUUGAAGCAAUUGCAAGCACAAGUCCAAAUGAUAAGCAGAAUGAACAUGCCUACCAUGAUGUUACCAAUGGCCAUGCAACAGCUUCAAAUGUCUAUGAUGGCCGCCGCCCCAAGAAACAUGGGGAUGGGCAUGGGAAUAGGGAUGGGAAUGGGAAUGGACAUGAACAACAUUGGCCGCCCCGGCAUUCCUCCGGUUCUUCACCCAUCCGCAUUCAUGCCCAUGGCGGCUUCUUGGGAUGGCACCGGCGGUGACAGGCUACCAGCUGCUUCAACGGGAGUAAUGCCUGAUCACUUGUCCGCGUUCCUCGCAUGCCAAUCACAGCCUAUGACCAUGGAUGCUUACAGCAUGAUGGCAGCCAUGUAUCAGCAGUUCCAUCAACCUCCAGCAUCUAGCUCUAAGGGCUAAUAAGCAAGAUAUCACAUGCUCCAUACUUAUGAAUGGGCAAGAACUGGUUUGAACGUGGAUUUCGAAUACUAUGGUGCAAUAAUGUCUUUGAUUAUAUCAGCUGGCUACAUGUAUAUGAUUGGUAUCUUUCAAUGAGAAUCAAUAUAGAGUAAGACCUCUUUAUAUUA